AUGGCGUUUUGGUCCAAAUUUAUCGUCGUCGUUGCUAUCAUUUCAUCUAUCAAGGCUGUAUUUGGAUCAGGGUUCUGCCCAUCUCGGCUCUCUGUCAAAUGCCACUCUCGGCUCAUUGUUGAAUGCUCUUGCCCGCCUGAGUGGCAAUUGUGGGGGAACGUGUGUUAUCGCCUCACCCCUUCACCGCAUACUUGGGAUGACGCCAAGUCUGCUUGCCAAGACAUGGGAGGCAAGAUGGCCGCCCCUUGCUCGUUCGAGGAAAUGAAUUUCAUGGUGGAGUUGGCGCGAAACGUGGAGAGCAACUUCUACGCCUGGAUUGCUUGUAAUGACAAAGAAGUUGAAGGAACUUGGGAGUGUGACGGUCAGGAAGAAAACGAGCCCUUCUUGGUAUGGAAUACAGAUCAACCCGAUAAUUACGCAAACGAUCAAGAUUGUGUGGCAAUAUCUUCUGACCAUAAUAACAGAAUGGAUGACGAUUACUGUCGUCUCUAUUACUUGGCUAUGUGUGUUCGUCGAGCGGCCUGCACUCACGGCCUGACCCAACUCCGUGACUAA